AUGCUGAGACAAGAACGAUCUAAGAAUGGAAAAAGAAAAUUCCGAGGGGUGCUCGUUCACACAGAAUCGUCCAAGUCUAGAAUCUAUAAGGCGUUCAAGAGUCUUGACUUGGUGUUUGAGGCGACAAGAUUACAGACAUUUAUCGACUGGCCAUUGGAAAAGCCAAAUCCUUCUGAACUAGCUACUGAUGGAUUUAUUUAUACAAGGACUAAAGAUUAUUGUACGUGUGUAUUUUGUUGGCAAUUAAUUCAGAUUGAAAUAAAUGAUAAUCCAAGACAAAAACAUGAAAGGAUUGCACCUUUUUGUCCCUUUAUUAGGGAUCAACCGGUUGGUAAUGUUCCCAUCAAUCAGAAUACUUGCGGAACAAUUGUGACUAAGUCUUAUCCUGAAUGUGAUCGCCUGGGUGUUUUUAUCAAACGUUGUCCACCAAAACGCAAGGAUUAUAUGUUAAUAGAAAAGAGAUUGAAAAGUUUUGAUGUUAACAAAUGGCCUGAUGAUCUUACACAAACAAGAGAAGAUCUUGUCGACGCAGGUUUUUUUUAUUGCGGUUUGAGUGACCACGUUCGUUGUUUUCACUGUGGAAAUGGUCUACGCAACUGGGAAUCUGGUGAUAUACCUUGGAAUGAGCAUGCUAGAUGGUAUCCACAUUGCCAUUAUGUUAAUAUUAGGAAAGGACAAGAAUUUAUUGAAAAAAGAACUGGAAUGUGGACCUAUGACAGAAUUGAUACUAUGAUUCUUGAUGUAAAAGAAUCUAUAACUCCACAAAUAAGUAAGAGUCAUAGUUGUACUGAAUAUACCGGAAUGAUAUGUCCAGUCACGGCUACUCAAGUAAGUCUGACUAGUGGCGGGGAAUAUACUGAUAUAGGUGGAGUAAAAAUCGUGAAUUCUGCUGCAAAAAAUGAUCACUACCAAAGCUGCGACGAAGACGACAAUACUGUCAACGAAUAA